AUGCCGCUACCUCGCCGGAUAGCUGACCUAGCGUUGGAGCGCACAAGGCAAUCUCGGCGCCGGCCUCUGCUUCCAUCCACGCGAGCGCAAGGCCCAGUUCAGGAUACUUAUACCGCAUAUGACGAUUUUGGAUGGGAUCAGAUCGAAGAAUACCUGAGAAGCAAAUGGCCAGUCUGGAAUUUCAAGCCGAUGAAAUAUAAUGGUAACUGGCUCUUUGAAGUCCCCGAGAGACUGAAUGAAUGUGACCGGAGAGAGCUGAGGCGCCGAAGGGAUGCACCCAAACGAACAAGGCGGGCCACGACUUCACCGGAGCAGGAGCAGGAGCCAGACCCAGAGUCGAGUCCAGUUUCAACUCCAUAA